AUGCCUUUAGAGCAACGAUAUGAUACCUUACAGGAUAAUUAUAUCGUGCGACUACAUCGUAAUGUGGAUCCUGAGAACCCAGUUAAUGCUGAGUCUACAUGGUGGAGAAAGCAUAUGGAACACAAUGAGUUGGUCCAACGACUCUAUGAGGUUCUACCCAAAGAGGAAAUCUUUCAAGACCGGAUUCGACGACGGAAACCGCCGUGGAAGAAAGAGGACAUGGAAUGUGAAAGUAAAGCCUGGAAGGUCAAGAGUGAACUAAAGAAAAAGAUUUAUCAAAGACAUCACACAAUAUGGGAAACACAAUACCGGACGUCUGCAAAAGGAGAGUUUUACCGGUCAUAUACUCUUCCAAGGUUAUAUAAUGCAGACCACAAAAACCCUUUGAGAUAUUUCUUAAAUGAAUGCUCAAAGAAUGAACUCAGUAAACUGGUGCAGUUACGAACAGCCAAAGGAGCGUUUGGAAUGUUCUUCAAGAGGUUUAAAAUCAACAACCGACCCCAUCAAUGUGAAUGUGGAGAGGAAGAAGAUGUUAAACAUCUAUUAUGUGAGUGCCCAGUCACUGAAAAUCAUCGUCAGAUCUUACGUGAUGCUUCUGCGAUGCUAGAUCUAAAAGUCCUCCUUGAUUCCAAGAAGGGCUUAAAAGCGGUAUUGGCUUUUUUGGCCAAAGCUCCGCAAUUACUUUAG